UACAACUUAUAUUAUAAUAAAAUCAUCCAUACUCGGGUUUAUACUUUUUAAAAUGAUAUAACUCUUUCCAAAUACUUUAAAUACUUUAGGUAGUACCUGCCCAUGUGUCUUCUAAACCUCUCACGAUCGAGCGCCGUCGUCUGUCAAUACAUUAUUUUGAAAUCAUAUUUCUUUUAGUUAUGCAUUAUUGCAAAACUUAUAAAAAAACCGAAUUAAUCAAACUCAAUGUUAAAAAAAGAAAAUUAAAAAUCCCGUAACACAUUUAAGGGAUCGAUGUAACACCACCCUCAAAUCAUAUGUUUGUACGAUAGCACCAAUACAUUUACACUUUGUUUACAACCCUUAUUCGAUAGCAUUGCACCCUCAAAUCACCUUCAAUUUCAAGUCAGCUUGAACAAACAUCAAUGUGAGUUGAAUGUUUCACUUUGUAUACGAAUUCUGCAUCAUUUGACCGUAGCUGGAGUAGUGAAACUGACACUGAAAACAUUCCUCUCGCACACAUUGAUACGUGCGCUGUCAUUCAUUACCUCGCAAAUACAAUUCACGCAACCGGGUUGUGUAUGAAUGGAAUAUGUGUCCUGUAGUUUCAUAACCAGUCCACGUUUUCAUCAUCUGGACAAUGCGGAAAUGUGUCGAGAUAAGGUAGUGGAGUCAGUUACCUAGUGUUCCAUCGCGUAAAAAUUGCCUAUUCAUCCCUAUCAGCAUCAGCUGACAACUCACAGUGUAUUGCAGUCGUACGCAUUGUGUACCGAGAUGGCGAAAGUGACCGGAACGGUUUUAGUGAAAUCCUUGGUCAGGUCACUGGUCACUGGGGAGCGAAAUAUCCUACGACUCAACGCAAUCUCUGGUGUACGCCGAUCACACCACAAAGCGCACGAUCUGGUCGAGGAGCAUGAUCGACAGCAUGACGUGGAAGAAGUACGCAUUCCCGUUCCGUACGGUGAGAUUGCCGGCAAAUGGUGGGGACCUCGGAAUGUACGACCCGUCGUGACACUUCACGGUUGGCAGGAUAAUGCGGGUACCUUCGAUCGGCUAAUACCGUUACUGCCGAAGCACAUGAGCUUUCUGUCAUUGGAUUUACCCGGCCAUGGUCUAUCGUCCCGCAUUCCCGAUGGUAUGACGUACCACACGCUCGACAACACGUUCGCACUGUUUCACGUUAUGCGCGAAUAUCACUGGAAGAAGCUUUCGCUUAUGGGUCACUCGAUGGGUUCAAUUCUGAGCUUCCUGUUUGCGGCUACCUUUCCCGAUAAGGUCGACCUGUACAUUGGGAUCGAUGCCCUCAAACCGCACAUUGCCGAUGCGUCCAAAUUUCCCGGCCGGUUGGAGAAACGGAUUCCUCAGGCACUGCUAGCCGAUAUACGCAAUCGGGAAAAAUCGGAACCACCAUCCUAUCCGUACGAGGAACUAAUCGAACGGCUUCAUCUCGGCACGAAUAAAUCGGUUUCCCGCGAGGCAGCUCCAUUUCUGCUGUAUCGAAAUACGCGCAAAUCUACACUCCAUCCGGACCGGUACUACUUUACGCGAGACAGCCGGCUAAAGUACGGCGUUGGACUCGGGUGGGAUCAGGCGAUUAAUUUGGAGUUUGCCAAACGGGUCGUUUUGCCGUAUCUCUUCAUCAAGGCAAAACAUUCCCCAUACUACGAGGAUAGAAAGUACUUCGAUCAGUUUGUCGAUGUGGUUAAGCAAAACAAUCCACAGUUUGAGCUGGAGUUUGUCGACAGUACGCAUCAUUUGCAUCUGACGGAGCCGGAAAAGGUGGCCCCUAUCAUUAAUCGCUUUUUGCAGAAACACUGGAAGGAGGAGAGAAUGUGAAGAAUAACUCCCGAAGGGGAUAAAACUUUUAUUUAUUUUUUAUUUUUUGCGAAUAAACUGAGGCGCCAAUAAAUAAUGCUUCGUACUGGCGUUCCAUCACAAACUUUACUACCUCGUCAGAAAAAAUUGCAAAUGUGUAUUAAAUUUGUUUAGAAAAAAUUAUCAAAUUAAAAUAAAGAAAUUUCCUCCACCUGUAA